AACGAGGGUUUUUACUUAUGAUUUUCGCUUCCAACUUAUAGUCUUGUCGGCAAAAUCAGUCCAGCACGCACACUGCCAUGGCAGGCACGCACCUCCUUUCUCACUCUCCUUCCCUUUCUAAAACCUAUAACCAUUCCUUAAACACAAACCCUUUAUUUCAAAAGCUAGUUCUUCCCCUCAAGUUCAAACCCAUCAUCAAACCGCGUGCUCUUAGGGCGGUUCUCUCCCAGAAUGCUCCCAAAACCCCAGUAGAGGAUUCAAAGAAGACUCAUUUUCAGCACUGUUUCUCCAUAUCCGAAGAUGGGUAUCUGUAUUGUGAGGGUCUUAAGGUGCAUGACAUCAUGGAAUCUGUUGAGAGAAGACCUUUCUAUUUGUACAGCAAACCCCAGAUUAGUAGAAACGUUGAAGCCUAUAGAGAUGCAUUGCAAGGGUUGAGAUCUAUAAUUGGUUAUGCCAUAAAGGCCAACAAUAACUUGAAGAUUCUCGAGCAUUUAAGGCACUCGGGUUGUGGUGCUGUGCUUGUAAGUGGCAACGAGCUUAGACUUGCCCUUCGUGCUGGUUUUGAUCCCGCAAGGUGUAUCUUUAAUGGAAAUGGGAAAAUCUUGGAGGACUUGGUCUUGGCUGCCCAAGAAGGUGUGUUUAUCAACAUUGAUAGUGAAUUUGACUUGGAGAACAUUGUAGCGGCUGCUAGAAUUGCUGGAAAGAGGGUGAAUGUCUUACUUCGGAUUAAUCCUGAUGUUGAUCCACAGGUUCAUCCUUAUGUUGCCACUGGGAAUAAGAACUCUAAAUUUGGCAUUAGAAAUGAGAAGCUGCAGUGGUUUUUAGAUGUAGUGAAGGAGCAUCCUAAUGAGCUCAAACUUGUAGGGGCUCACUGCCAUCUUGGUUCAACAAUUACCAAGGUAGACAUUUUCAGGGAUGCAGCCACAAUUAUGAUCAACUACAUUGACCAAAUUCGAGCCCAGGGUUUUGAAGUUGAUUAUUUAAAUAUUGGUGGAGGACUUGGGAUAGAUUAUUAUCAUUCUGGUGCUAUCCUUCCUACACCAAGAGAUCUCAUUGAUACUGUGAGGGAGCUUAUUCUUUCCCGUGAUCUUAAUCUUAUCAUUGAACCAGGGAGAUCCCUGAUUGCAAACACAUGUUGCUUAGUUAACCGGGUGACAGGUGUCAAAACUAAUGGAUCUAAAAACUUUAUUGUAAUUGAUGGAAGUAUGGCUGAACUUAUCCGCCCAAGUCUUUAUGAUGCUUACCAGCAUAUAGAGCUGGUAUCCCCUGCCCCAUCAAAUGCUGAGAUGGCAACCUUUGAUGUGGUCGGCCCUGUCUGUGAGUCUGCAGAUUUCUUAGGAAAAGGAAGAGAACUUCCUACUCCAGCCAAGGGUACUGGUUUGGUUGUUCAUGAUGCUGGUGCUUAUUGCAUGAGCAUGGCAUCAACUUACAAUCUAAAGAUGCGGCCUCCUGAAUAUUGGGUUGAAGACGAUGGAUCAGUGAGCAAGAUCAGACAUGGAGAGACAUUCGAAGACCACAUUCGGUUUUUUGAGGGCCUUUAAGCUGAUAACUUACCCUCUUGUAGGAAAGAAGGCUGCAGAUUUUUGUCAUCUAUUUGUAGUUUGGAUCUGUCCUUUCUCAAUGAAUUGGAUGACACUUGGUUUUUUUCCUUCAAUUUUAAUUGAAUGUCGACGCUCUUGGUAGGAAAUGAGAAUAAAAUUGAUUUCAGUUAGAUUUAACACGACAUUUGAUUUCCUCCUUCAAGUGUCAAUUUAGCCAGGUGCAACUAUCGGUUGAAAUGUAGUGCUUAUGUAUGAUGAUGGUAUAUAUUUGAUAAUCUUACUUUGUGGUGUGUGUAUUGC